GGGUUUAAACAGAGAAGCGAGGAAUACCAAGAGAUGUGCGGAAUAGCGCUAAUCAUCUCCGGUGUUCGUAUCGAUUUAUCGUCUCUUCUCUUAGAUACAACCAGUUGUUCAUCUUCUUCUCAAGAACCUGCAACUCUUUUAUUUUCUGCAGAUGAUAUCAAAGCAGCUCUGAGGAAAAGGGGCCCUGACAGCUUAGGGAGCAAGGCUAUAUUUCUUCAUGCCGAUGGGGGAAGCGCUAUCCGAUCUUCAAUGGAGGGAGAGGAGACAACUAGAGAAUCUCAUGUAAAAGCUUUGAAUAAUAGCUUAUUUGGAGAAGUUUUGUUUGUUGGUGCUACAUUGCAAUUACGAGGAAUAUAUUCUAUCACUCAACCUCUGGUGGAUAAAUCUGGGAAUAUUCUUGUAUAUAACGGUGAAGUGUUUGGAGGAAUUGAGCUCAGUAGUGAUAGCAAUGAUGCUGAAGUUCUCAUGCAGUAUCUAGGAAAAUGCUGCAAUUGCCUUUCUCAUAAUCGUGAAGGUGCAUGCUCAUCCAGUGGGAAUGGGAAAUACUCUGUUCCUGAACUUCUUUCAACUAUCAAGGGACCAUGGGCUUUAAUCUACUGGCAGGCAAGCUCAAAGACAAUAUGGUUUGGUCGAGAUGCACUUGGAAGGCGAAGCCUUCUUGUUCACUGGCCAAGUACAAAAGACUCACGGUUCAUGCUCUCUUCUGUAUCACCACCUUCUGCUAUUGAUGAAAGAGCUGAUAUUGGAUAUGAAAAUGGGCCAACUGAAGUGAAGUUUUGGGAAGAGCUCCCAUGUGCAGUCUACAGCCUGUCCAUGAGUGCUUUGAAAUUGGAUGAAAAUCUGGUGGGUGAAGUCAGAAGACAUAACUGGACCGAUCCCAUGCUGGAAGAACUGAUUAAGUGGGAGAGAACUUAUGUUGAACCCAGACCUGAAGAUUUAAUUGAAUCCCAUGGAACGUUUUCUAGUGAGCAACAAGGGCAUUUGCAUCAGGAAGUUCUGGCUGUACUUAAAGAAUCUGUGAGACGGCGCACAAUAUUUUCGGGAACUCAUCUGGGUAACUCUCCAGUUGCUGUGCUUUUUUCUGGUGGAUUAGAUUCUAUGAUACUUGCAGCUUUGUUGGAUGAGUGCUUGGAUCUAGAAUUUGGAAUUGAUCUUCUGAAUGUAAGUUUUGAUGGUCAGUCAGCUCCUGAUAGAAUCUCUGCUAGGGCAGGCGUGAUUGAGCUGAGAAAAAAAGCUUCGUUAAGAAGAUGGAAUCUGGUAGAGAUAGAUGCGGAAUUGCCUAAAUUGACUUUGGAGACAAAGCAUGUCAUGUCACUUAUUAAUCCUUCGAAUACAUACAUGGACCUUAAUAUUGGGAUUGCUUUGUGGUUGGCAGCUGGUGGUGAUGGCUGGGUGUGUGAAGAAAUAGGCAGGAAUGAUGAUUCGGAACACCAUCGUUUUAAGUACAAGUCUGACUCCAGGAUCCUCUUGGUUGGUUCUGGUGCCGACGAGCAAUGUGCUGGCUAUGGCCGCCAUAAAACUAAAUACAGACAAAGCGGCUGGGCUGGGCUAAAUGAGGAAAUGAAGUUGGAUAUGCAGAGAAUAUGGAAGAGAAACCUAGGUAGAGAUGAUAGAUGCAUAGCUGAUAAUGGCAGAGAGGCUAGAUUUCCUUUUCUGGAUGAGGAUGUAAUAAGGGUACUGCUUGAUAUUCCACUAUGGGAGAUCGCAGACCUUGGCCAACCAAGUGGAGUUGGCGAUAAGAAGAUCUUGCGAGAGGUUGCAAGAAUGCUCAACUUGCAUGAAGCAGCUGUUCUACCUAAAAGAGCUAUUCAGUUUGGUUCGAGAAUUGCUAGGGAAUCAAACCGGAAGAAUUUUGGAAGUAAUCGUGCUGCAAAUCAAGCUUCAGCUGGAAGUGCACUCAUUCAUCCGAUCUGAUUUUUAUUUGGUAUCUUUCACCCGUUAUUUCUGCAAGUAUGUCCACCUUCUUACCCGUUAGGCUAAAACCACCAGGACCUUUUACUGGAUCAGCCAACGAUUGGAGACAAAAUGACAGCUGAAUACAUUACAAGGAAAGAGAGUUUGGACUGUAACUAAAUUUUCAUGCGAUGUCUGUGAUUCCGCGCUUGAUAUCAAAUGUUAUUAUUAAUGUUAUUUGUGCUAAUUUGGCCCGAUGAAUAUUGCGGGUAUUAUAUCAGUAAUG